AUGAGCCUGAAAUUCCUGCUAUUCCUUUCCCUCUUUGCGGGGGCUUAUGCUUUCAACAACAUCUUCCGGCGCUUCUUUGAAGAUCGGCGAGGCGACAACUUUCUGGGAGAAUCAGAGGAUGUGGUCUUGAUUACCCUUUCUCCGCCAACUACGCUACCCACCGAAGAAAAUGAGGAGAUUGCUAAGCUUCAGGUUAUUGAGGAGCUCGAGGUGGUAUCCUCUACAUUUUCACCAGUUGAGGAGAUAGACGAAGAUAUAAGCUCUGCCGAGCCUGCUGUCAGUGGAACUAAGAGCCGAGGCUGCACAGGUCACCUUCUAAGACUCCCCGAGUUCAUUGAAAGUCUAAACUGCACAGCUGCCGAUGAAUGGAGAGCUAUUGCCGAGACCCAAAAUAGUCCAAGGAGGGAGCUCCGACAGAUGAUGACCGUCUGGGCUGUGAAAUACGAGGUUUUGGAGGGUCUUGAGAAAUGGUUCGAGGAUCUGGAGACUGCGCACACGAAGAAGUCGGAAAAGUAUGCUGAGGUGCUUAGCAAUGUGGAUACAAUGCUGCAGAAAAUUGAUGAAUAUGCUAGAGACGAAUCGUUGUCUUUGGUUGAUGAAAGGCAAGCCGUUGCUGAUCUUUAUGAGAAAGAGGAUCGGGUUGUGGUAGAGGUUGUCAACCUAAUCGUUCAACUCGUCCGUAGCUGGGCCGGCGAGAAGCUGCCGUUUCGUAAGAUGCGCCCCCUUCAAGGAGUCCGCCAGAUUUGGACGGAAAUC